UGGGUAGUAGAAAGGUACGUCCACAGCAAUCACCCCAGGAACAGCCUCACUACCAGCCCACUCGCGUCUACGAGAACCACAAAAAAGCCACCAUCAUAUCCAAUAGCAAGCGGCGGAAUAUCAGCGCUCACCAGAGCUAUGCGCCAUCGUGUAACGACGGCUCGGUGAGCUCAGUCGCAUCAGUUGGCUCGAAGACGGCCUCAAAGCGUUGACUCCAUCCCGCUACAAGCGAGACACGAAAGUAAAAGUAUACGGUGUCAUGCUCUAGCAGCACUCGUACUAGAAGAACUGCAGGGUGAAGAAUCAGGACAAGUUUAGCGAAGACGUCCCUAAGGAACAGCUGCAAUGAAAGCUUGGCGUUUGGCAUUGUUUGUGUGCGUAAUUGUUCUGUUUAUUGCCAUCACCGUUGAGGCUGGCCGGCGAUCAGAUGGCGGUGGUAGCCGACGCAGAGCAAACAAGGUUUCCAAAUCAAAAGACACUUCACCACCUCAGAGGGUAGACGGACCAGAUAGCUCAGUUAACGGAGGUGUUAUUCAAGACACUUCCGCCCCUGGAGGAGUGGUACCUGUAACGAAGAUGCGCAAGAAAUGUCGACAGGACGAAGAUGGUUAUUGUGUGUCUAGGCGACGUGGCGCAGGACAAAAGGUCCAGCGCGUUAGCGGGUCUGUUGCUGGCGGUAGCGACGCGGGCGGUACCAACAGUCCACAACGGGAAAAGUCUGAUAAGAAACGCACAGGGGGACGCCGACAGAAAAAUGGGUCCGCUUCUACUGCAGGUGGCCAGCAGAAGUCGAGGCAGAAAAAGCAAAAAUCACCGACUACUGCCGCUGCGGCCACUGCAGCAGGCAAACAUCUAAAAAGUGGCAACGAUUUUGCAAACAUCAAUUCACCUAACCCACCGUAGCCUGAGCGUACGGCCGUAUUACUUCAAUGGAUCUGCCUCCAAUGGACCCACAAGCAGACACACACACACACACAAGCACACGCUAAGGUAGCUGCAAUGUUGAAAUAUAAUAAACUCAAAUAAUAUAACAGUUAUGGUAAUAUUAGCAAAUUAUAAUGUAGUAAUGCACCAGAGCGCGAACAAUAAAAGGAUAACAGCAGUGCCACUAGGAGCUAUUGCGGAUCGUUCGUUAUAUGGUAAAACUUUGACAAAUGCGGCGGGCGUCUGGAGCUCUGUCAAGGAGCGUUGCCGCUACCCAGUUCGCAUAUAUCACGCCAACGAGCUGAUCAGAAGCUAAAAUUAUGGCGAACGAUACUGGGUCCGGAUGAAGUCGUAACAACGUCGAAGAAACAUCAAAACCGUUAAUGCAGAUAUCACAAAUUUCUUGCCAAGGUUACUAUCUGUGCUUUUGCUAGGUUGUAAAAUCAUCAUAAAUUAUUGCUAGAAAGGAAUGCUGACAGAAAAAGGAAAGAACAUGUUAUCUCGUGUUGAGCUUAGCAAAUAAAUCUUAAUUGAUAACUAACAAAUAAAUGUUAG